GCGAACAAAGAGGCGGCGGGCGCGGGCGGCCGAGCAGAGCCGAGCGCAGCCGAGCCGGGCCGAGCCGGGCCGGGCCGGGCCCAGGAGCGAGCGGGCGAUGCGGGCGGCCGGGCGGGGGUUAGCCGGCCCCUGAACCCCGCGCCCCACGGGCCAACGAGGGAGCCCCGCGGCGGCGCGCCCAAGGCAGCCGGCCCGCCAUGGCCGGGGUCAGCUACGCGGCGCCCUGGUGGGUGAACCUCCUGCACCGGCUGCCCCACUUCGACCUGAGCUGGGAGACCACCAGCAGCCAGUUCCGGCCCGAGGAUACCGACUACCAGCAGGCGCUGCUGCUGCUGGGGGCCGCCGCGCUGGCCUGCCUCGCCCUGGACCUCCUCUUCCUGCUCUUCUACUCUUUCUGGCUGUGCUGCCGGCGGCGCAAGAGCGAGGAGCACCUGGACGCCGACUGCUGCUGCACCGCCUGGUGCGUCAUCAUCGCCACGCUGGUCUGCAGCGCCGGCAUCGCCGUUGGGUUCUACGGCAACGGGGAGACCAGCGACGGCAUCCAUCGGGCCACCUACUCGCUCCGCCACGCCAACCGCACGGUGGCAGGGGUCCAGGACCGCGUGUGGGACACCGCGGCCGCGUUGAACCGCACGGCAGAGCCCAGCCUGCAGAGCCUGGAGCGGCAGCUGGCCGCGCGCCCAGAGCCCCUGCGCGCAGUCCAGCGGCUGCAGGGCCUUCUCGAGACGCUGCUGGGCCACACCGCGGCCAUCCCCUUCUGGAGGAACCCGGCUGUGUCCCUGGAGGUGCUGGCCGAGCAGGUGGAUCUCUACGACUGGUACAGGUGGCUGGGCUACUUGGGCUUACUGCUGCUCGACGUGGCCAUCUGCCUGCUGGCGCUGGUCGGCCUCAUCCGCAGCUCCAAGGGCAUUCUCGUCGGGGUCUGCCUGCUGGGGGUCCUGGCCCUGGUCAUCAGCUGGGGCGCACUGGGUUUGGAGCUGGCCGUGUCCGUGGGCUCCAGCGACUUCUGUGUGGACCCCGACACCUACGUGACCAGGAUGGUGGAGGAACACUCCGUGCUGAGUGGGGACAUCUUGCAAUACUACUUGGCCUGCUCGCCCCGUGCCUCCAACCCCUUCCAGCAGAAGCUGUCUGGCAGCCACAAGGCGCUGGUGGAGAUGCAGGGCGUCGUGGCCGAGCUGCUGAAGACCGUCCCCCGGGAGUACCCGGCCACCAAGGACCCCCUGCUCCGUGUCCAGGAGGUGCUGAACGGCACAGAGGUGAAUCUGCAGCACCUCACCGCCCUGGUGGACUGUCGCAGCCUGCACCUGGACUACGUGCAGGCCCUGACGGGCUUCUGCUAUGACGGCGUCGAGGGCCUCAUCUACCUGGCCCUCUUCUCCUUCGUCACAGCCCUCAUGUUCAGCUCCGUUGUCUGCAGUGUGCCACACACCUGGCAGCAGAAAAGAGGCCCCGACGAAGAUGGGGAGGAGGAGGCGGCCCCGGGGCCCAGGCAGGCACACGACAGCCUCUACCGCGUGCACAUGCCCAGCCUGUACAGCUGCGGGAGCAGCUACGGCAGCGAGACCAGCAUCCCAGCUGCGGCCCACACCGUCAGCAACGCCCCGGUCACCGAGUACAUGAGCCAGAAUGCCAACUUCCAGAACCCCCGCUGUGAGAACACGCCCCUCAUCGGACGCGAGUCCCCGCCGCCCUCAUACACCUCCAGCAUGAGAGCCAAAUACCUCGCCACCAGCCAGCCUCGCCCCGACUCCAGCGGCAGCGGCCUCUAGACCGCCCGGCCGGCCACCCGCCCGCCCACCCGCGUGCCAAUCGCCCCGCCCUCCCCGUGCCAGCACUGCCGCUUCCACCCGCGACCACUCGCCGGACCCUCCGCACGCACGCCAGGCCCGCUGCCGGCCCCUUUGCGGCCCCCCUUCCCUCCCCUCCUCGCAGGGGCAUGGAGAUGAGGAACUCCGGGCCCGCGCCCUCUCCUCGGGCCACGCGCCUGGAUGCCUGUGAGCGAUGCCACCAACGCGGGGCCCUCGCCCCCCACGCCUGUCCGCCUCUGAGGACCUGCGUUUGCGGAGCCCUUCCCUGGGCCGGCCCCGGUGCUGUGUCCCUGCCACCUGCCCUGCAGCACGCCGACCCUGUGGACGCCGCGUUCUCCGGCUCACACCCCAGCCUGCCCCUCCCCUCCCGCAGCUCUGUGCUCCCGAGGCUUCUGUCCACAGGCUGCGCGGCGCCCCCACCGUGCCUGGCACCUGGAGGGGCCUAGGCUCGCACCUGCCCGCCGGGCUCCUGUGCGGAGAGCCCCCGGGGCGCCUCCGUGGCUCUUCCUUUUCUCUCCACCUGAACACAGGCCCCUCUUGUCGCUGCCAGAAGCCUCCUCUGCCUCCGGCCCAGCACUGCUCUCUCCCACAGCGCCCACCCUGCCCGCAGGGCCCAGCCCCCCACAGCGGCGGGAGGACGGCAGGUGCCGCGCUGAGCCCCGGCCGCGCACUCAGUGCUGGCCACCUUCUUGGUGCCAAACCCCCUCCCCCACCCCAAGACUUGGCAGCUUGUCUGGUUCGUUUUUGCACUAACCACCUUUGUCACCCUAGGGCAGGCGGACCGCGGGCCGGGCAGCCCUCCCUUCUCGGUUCCCUCUCUGUCUAGGACAGGCGCGGUGUCCCGUGCCGGGCCGUGGGGCUGGACCCGAGCUGGCUGUGAACGUGCCCUCGGCCCCUGCUGCCCCUCUUGGGACUAACCACUAACCUCACCCAGCCUCCGCGGGCACCCCUGGCCGAUCCAGAGCCAGCAAGUGUCACCCUGAGUCCGGGCCAGAGAUGAGGCCUAAGCCGGCCGGCUGGGAGCCAAGCUGGAGUAGCCGUUUCUUCUCGGGGUGCUGCUGGGGAAAGGGCUGUAGACUGACGGGCAGCCCAGGAGCCUCGAGAGCCGUCCCUGGGCAGGUGCUGCCCCAGGAUGACUGUGUCCUAGGGAACGAAUGUCCCUUAGGCUGUAGGACCGAGGUCCCUGCGGCCUCAGUCUCCCUACCUGUGAAGUGGGAACAAGGCUUCCCUAAGGUGCUUUGGCUUUAGUGUACAAUGUUUGCUGUGUUUCCUGCCGUGGAGGGUAGGCCACCCCCAAAUCAGGAUGGGAAGUCCCCCGCCAGUCCCAGUCUUGGCCUAGCCAGCCUGAAACGGAGAGGCUCUGGCCUGCGUGUCAAGCCAGGGGCAGCAGAGUACCACCGACAGGCACGUGUGAGGGCCCGGGCCAGGGGCCUGCGGUGGGAGGUGGGCAGCUGGCCAAGCAGCUUACAGACAUGUGGGCUCUUCCUUCCAGAGCGGGGGCGAUGCCCUUCCCCGGGACAGGCCCGGGGACGGGCUGCCUGCCCUUCCUCCACCAUCCUCUCUCUGUGCUGGUGUCCGGGACCAAGAGGGCAGGUGGGCUGGAGGCCAGGCCACAUCUGCCCCGCCCCUGGGGCAAACCCCUGACCCGGGGAGGGAGGGAAGUGAGCAGGCAAACACUGGGGUGCCCCAGGUGGUCCUGGCGUCUGAGCCCGUGGGCAUGGGCAAACCUCACCGCAGGGCACGGUGUGCCCCGGGCCUGGCCCAGCCGUUGUUCUGGGCGCCCGCGGCACACCCGCCCAGCUUUUCCUCCGGGCUCCACCGGUGCCGAGAGCGUUCCGGGCCCGGGGUCGGGAGGAGUCCCCGGCGGCCCCACCCAGGUGCCGCCGCUCUCCACCGCUGCUCAGAAGCACAGUCGGCUGACCGCGGCCCUGGGAGGCCGCCCGCAAUGUGAAUGUACAUAGCAUGAGAGGCGGGCGCUGCCCGGACAGGCUGUGGACCACGGCUGUCCUGGGAGUACCCUCCGUGCGUCGUGUGCGUGAGUGCCUGCCCCGUCUGUGACGUCCUCACGUUCUUCUACUCGCCGAGGUUGGAGAAAGGAAAAGGAGUGAUCCCGAGGGGCUCACACCCAAGCCUCAGUCUCUGGAGGGGAGCAAGUCCUACCAUCGGGUUCCUUUCGUUCCACGUGUUCAGGGUCCCCUUCCUCACCCCCAUCCCAGUGACUUCUCCACAUCCCUUCCCAACCCUGCACCACUGGGCCUCGCUUCCCACAGGCCCUUGACAAAGUGGGUAGCAGGUGGGAGGGAGGGUUCCCCCGGGGCCUUGAAGCGCCCCUCCCCACCCCCCCCCCCCCCAGCAGGGUCCAGCUGGCUCCCAGGCCCCGGACAGGCUGGGCAAGUGGGAGGCAGGGUCCGACCGGGACACCUGGCUGAUGGGACUCCCCGUGCCAGCAUCCACUGCCCCUGGGUCCCCUGCCACGUCACCCACCCCAUCUCACUAUGCAAUUCCAGCCCAGGUACCAUCCCCUCCCUACCCGGGACCCCUGCCCAGCCCCAGGCGGGUGGGGGGCCUCCCUGGGGGCGCAGCUGGGGGGCAGGCAGGGGGUGGGCAGGGACGUUCUAUUUAGCUGUGAUGGUUGCGUCUGUGCCACUUUGUUACAUAUAACCUGUCAUUCGAUACGAUUUUGUUAAGACUCCGACCCUCCCGGCCCCUCUCCUGGCCCUGCACCCUCUCCCCAGUGUGAUUAGUGCCCUGAGCGGGAAGGGGGAACUGAGGCCUGAACCAUUCGGCAUCUUCCUCCAGAAUCUUCCUCCGACCUCCAUAGGGCCAAGGCUGUAUGUGCUGUCGCUGUGUUUUUUAUUUUUAUUUUUGGUUUUGGUUUUUUUAACUGGGUUUGGGGUUUGAUUUUUAUUUCUUUGGGGGCUUUAUUUUUCUUGGCAAAUAACUAAAAAUCUCGUCAAUGUAAUUUCUGUGGUUUCUAUUCAGCUUGGGUUUCAUGUUUUAAAAUAAACACAUUUUAAAAAACAAG